GGCCACCCUAACGCUUCUCACGAUGACAACGCUUGAUUUUUAAACUUGGAAAGAUUCUUUCUAUACCAAUGUGAUCCCUAUUAAGUUGCCUUUUAUUUCAAUUGCGUUUUAUUUCCAAAAGCGUUCACAUAUGAAAUAUAUUGACAAAACUUUAAACCUAUGCAUAUUGGCCACUUUGCCCCAUACCCUGGGGCAAAGCGGCCACCGGCGUCUUCUCAAGUCCCGAUAUGAGAAACAAAAUAGUUGCCUUGUGUACGACUAGGGUAUUUGAUGGUAACAAGGUUAAGCGAGGAUGGAUGUUUACUUUAUCAUCUUCCACCUGUAGGUAAACAAAGAAAGGAUUUUCAUGAAAAUAAACAUUUAAUUGCAUUAUUUGGUAACUCAUGCAACUGAAAAGUGGCCAAGAUGAAUGCAUGACGACACAUUUGAGUAUAAAUAAUGUUUUUUAUCCAGAUGGAAGCAACUUAUGGCCAAUUUGGGGGUGGCCACUUUGCCCCGGCCACUUUGCCCCGCGCAUACCGUCCGAGACAAAAAUAUUCCAGCUUAGCUAUUAGUGGGGUAAAAAACAUUAAAAUUGGUAGAAUACAUGUACGAUAAACAUGCAAUGCAUGGACAAGAACGCUUAUAAAAAUUCCAAACGGUUAUGGAAUAACAUAACAUUUAAAAAUUGUAAACAUAGUUGGUAACCUGGCAAGAAAUGCUUUUCCGUGUUUCACAGAACAAUGGUGAUGGGCCUGAAACCCCGGUCUGGCUCAUUCGAACGACCGUAAAGAGAAGUAUAAUUGGAAACCAUAAAUUGUAACUAACGCCAGCUAUGAAGGGCUAAAACGAUGGGUGGCCGCUUUGCCCCGGGUGGCCGCUUUGCCCCACUCUCCCCUAUGGUAUAUGGGGCCAUUCCGACCCGUUUUAGUGGUAAAAACAGGGAGUUGAUUUUUUCCCCAUUGACUUAUAAUGGGGAGGUCGCGAAAUUGACCUGACCUUAGGUCACGGAUAUCAAAAUUCCGAGAUACACAAAUUGUAGCUACUAAUGACCUGAUAACAUCCUGCGACAUUCAAAGGCCUCCGACAUCUACUGUAGCUCUGGCACGGUGACAAAGUUGCAAAAAAGUGACUUGAGGUUGGGUCAUUCAAAGUGACCUGGUGACCUGACCUUGAAAGGUUCCCUCGCCUUACACAGCCGACUUACUGCCGUGAGGUCAGAGGGCUGCUCCGCGGCAUAAACUGGCGCACCCUUACCCAGUGUCGGCUGGGGUACGGGCAGCACCUGAGGGUGUUUUUGGACCGCGUGGCCGGCCAAUUUCACCCCGUUCCCGGACUGCCCGACCAGGCCAUGGAGGAGUUCCGCGGGAUCACCGCGGCUCACGGCUCCCUCGUCAUGAGGGACGCCCUCCUGGAUGAAAUCUUUCAUCCACGGCCUACACGGAGGAACGGACUCUCGCGUGGCUACUACGCCACCAUGCUGUACCGGGAGGUGCAGCGUGACUCUGUGCUGGUGCCGCUGAUACGGAGGUUCAUGGAGCUGCCUCCCGAGCAGCAGGAGGUCGGCGAGGCCUACCGCCUGCUGGCCAUGUGGCGGUUCCCUGAGUUGGGGCCGCGGCCGGCCUCCGACGUGCAGAGGUACGCGACUCGGGUGGCGGAGAUUGCUCUGCAGGAGCUGAAGCGGUGUUACCCGGACCACCCAGUGUCUGCCUGGACCGAGACCCGCUCCGAGCCCCUGGUGGACACCCUGUGGUCCGACCUGCUGUCCGAACAGGUGUUCGAAUGCGUCAACUUCACGCUGUACGAUCGGCUCCGGCUCCUGAAGCAGGACGGACCGGAAGACCACGACAGGCCGGAGGAUCGGGAGCUGCACGCCACUCUGCGCGUGGCACACCGUGACAUCGUCACGUGGGGUAGCGGCCUGCAGGGCGUCAUGACGGCGCUGUAUGCCGCCGUCGCCGGCCGUCUCGGGGUGCUGAUCCAGCACCUCAGGAUGAUGGACCCGUGGCUGGUCCGCUGGCAGCCAGUCGAGGAAGACGUCAUCUUCAUCGACGUGGCCCGCGGUGGCGUCCAACUGGACCUGGAGACCGCUGUGGAGGAGGUCCAGGGGGUCUGCGGGGAGGCCUUCCACAGGAUCCUCCUCGAGCCCAUGACGCCCGGCAUGCUUCUGCACUACCUCUCUGCCGGCGGCUACCAAUGGAAGCGGAGCGUCCGCGCAGAGACUGAGGCCGACCACCAGGCCAACCAGCUGCUGCUCUACCGGACCAUGGACGGCUGCCACCCGGGACGGCUGCAGCUGCGCAGCGUCUGCGGCCAGCUGCAGGCCGCAAGACCGGCCUACACCCGCCGCCUCUGUCAGGAGUACCUGGACGCCGCCGAUGUGUCGGAGGACGAGGCGGCGGGUAUCCGCCAGUUUAUGGCGUCACUGGUUAGCCGCAGUACCGAGGUUCACCGGUGGCUCAACACCAACGAGGCGUACCUGAGACGCACGGCAGCCCUCGUGAACGCCGAAACCUGCAGGUACUACGAGCCCCUGCUGGAAAUCGGCGACGUGGCCACCUUCGCCGCCGACAGCGGGGUGAUGGGCGUCAUCUACGCCGUGCUCUCUUCUAAGGUGACGGACAGCGAGACCACGGCGUGGUACGACCUACUCCUGGACGGCGAACACUGCGCUCUCCGCGUCAGGGAGGAGGACCUGGUGCUGGCGGAGCGUCCCCGUCCCGUCCGCCACCUGGAGCUGGGACGCUACUUCUCCCACUUUCGCCACGGACGCUACCAGCCCCUGCCGCACCUGCGCCUGACCAGCAAGCCCCCCUCGGCGGUCGGCCGGGAGCCUCGUCUGGUGGACGGCUCGGUCCCUCAGGAGCCCCACACCGGUCGGGAGGCUGGGGAGGACAGGCCGCCCACCGCCUGGCUGGGGGACUGGCCCUUCCUCCAGCGAGGGGACGUGCCGGAGGGGGCGGGGGAAGAGGGUGCCGACUCCGUCUGAGGUCGCUCGGCUCUGAUGAGGGCGGCCCGUGACCAACGCGGGCAGGACCUACGACCGUGCCUGGACAUGCGAUGUUGUAUAUAUUUGUACAUAUUUUUAUCUUAGUAAUGUUAUAUUGUGUCGCUAUGUUGUUGAUGGAACUGUGAUCUGCUAUAUUGCUAUGUGCUACUGUUGUGCAUAUACUAGUGCAAAUUUUCAUACUUGUUUCGAUGUAAGAGUAGGUAUUGUGAUAUCAUGUAAUGUGGUACAAUGUCAAUGUUCACUUGGCAUAGUAGAUUAUGUGGUAAAAUGUCGCACAACCUGACCAUAUGCACUAUUGCUGUGACUCGAUGCCACCCGUAUGCACAGACGUUUUUUAGUGUCAUUUUUUUUUGGGAUGGUUAUUGCGCAUGCGUGUGCAAUGUGCAUUGCACACUGCGCAAAAUACAUAUCGUCAUGCUUUACCUUUUGGCUCUUGAGCAAUGUGCAUUGCACACUGCGCAAAAUACAUAUCGUCAUGCUUUA